UCGUUUUACACCAGUGAGACAAGUAAGAGACYGAGAUGUGUCGUUAAAGGUGCUGAUAACUGGACAUAACGGAGUGUAACAUGUGUUCCAUAAUGAAUAUCAUUUUGGCGAUCAUGGUAGCCAUGCCUGUUCAGUGCUUGGCUUGGAAUGACAGUCUGAGCAGCUGCACAGAUACAAGUAACAGCCUUGCCGGAACUGCUUAUGCAACUGCUGUUCAUUAUUGGCCCCUAAAAUCAUCAUCUUCACUAAUAGAUGUCAUCAAAUGCCAAGCGGCAUUUGACGUUUAUGGGGUUAUAAGUACGCUGUCGUCACCAGAUGGUCUUUAUGGAAUAUCUACUGGCGGUAGCAGUGGCAUCAAGUUGGCUAGUUUGAGCGACCCAUGUCUUAAAAAUGUAUCGCUAUGUCAGAAUGGGUUGUCGAUAUCCCUGUGGAUUAAGCUUUCUGGACAAUCCUUCUCACCUUCAAACACUUUCGAUGUCAUCCUUACAAGUGAGAACACUGCAGGUWACAACAUGGGAAUACUAAUCUACGACCAUUAUGAUAAGGGCUUACAAGUAUCUAUAAGGACGAAGAACUCAACCUUGACUAAACCGAUCACCGUCCAGAGAAAUGUCUGGUAUCACGUUACUAUCAUGUGGACACACUAUGAAGGCAUUGUUCAUUACAUCAACGGUAACAUGUUUCCAAGCAAUGGGACCACCGUUCAAAAUUCAUCGGAGAGCUCUGCAGACCAGACGGCGGAUCUAUAUUUGUCGURCUCCACUAAGGCAGGGAAAGCUGUAGCCAGCUACAGAGACCUUGCCAUCUGGAAYUACAGACUGUCUGAGGAACAAGUACAAGCUAUUUAUCAACAUACGCCAGGGUGUCAAGAGAUUCCUCACAAGGAAUGGAAGAUGACUGCUUCAUCAUUCUCAGACCAUUACAUUCCUGAUAAUGGCUACUUCUAUUCUCAUUCUGCAUGGUGUGCCGAUCCCAAGGUUACCAACGGUUAUUUGCAGAUCGAACUUCCAGAUCUUUACAAAGUCCACUCGCUCGUGUUGCAAGGGAAAGAGAACGGGACAAAGGAACAUGUCAAGACCUUUCAAGUCAAGUUUUCCAUAAAUGCAAUCAACUGGGAAACGUCUCAGACACUCAAUGGACCAAGUACCGCUGACCAACAGAAGCUGAUUGUCUUUGAAAAUCCACCAAUAUUUGCUCGUUAUUUUCGCAUAUACCCAUUGACGUCAUCUGGAAGGAGUUGYUUGAGAGCGAGGCUAUGUGGGGAAAAACGAGCUUAUUUGAACAUAACAGCAUCAGUUGAACACAGUAAGGUCAAUGGUCAGCGAUCUUGUAAAUGCAGUAUCAAGGUCAAUAAUCAAGAGCAUUGCCCCGAUAAACCAGGUCAUAACAUCGUGGCUAUUAGUCACAAAACUGGUGAGCUAGUGGAAGCAAACAGCUUCGAUACUAGCGACAAUGCCAACAUCAAUGCAGGUAUCCUAUUGACUCAGUUCAUCAACAGUCUUCCUGAUGGCGCUCUCGUGAUAGUAGCCGUAAAAGACUCUGGUCACAGGAUAUCUAAAAACGAUAGCACAGCAUUGUACAAUAUCGGUUCCAAAUCAACUAACCCACCCCCUGUCAAAACCGCUUGGAUUCUACUUGGCUCUAAAGGAGUUUUACACAAGUUUAUUGAAGAAAAAACGGCUUCUAGUGAACACGGCUUACUGGAACUACAGAAGCUAAUACCAGUAGAAUAUGGGUUAAAAACGAGUCACUUCUGGCCUCUCAGUAAGACUGAUUACAGGACCGCCCAUGGUAAUCCAAAACGACCAUGGUAUUAUAAGUACUUUCGUGAUAUUGUAGGAGGCCUUGACUUGUACCAUAAUGCUGGUAAUGUAUCUCCUAUGAUGCGUACCGUACGAGUAUCAGACGGCAGUUAUGUCUAUUCGAAAACAAUGGACGUUUGCUUGUUUCGGCCAACUAAGUGUCCUGGUGGUAUUACCGUAUCRCUCUGGCUCAAGGCUGAACAUACUGAGCUUUUCGAAGGAGAAAAAGACACGCCACGAUAUCCUUUACACAAAGCAUAUUUCGUCCUUUACUCUCAUCCAAGUAAUGGACAUAUUACAGUAAAUAGUAAAACGUAUACUUCAAGCAACACUGGCCAUUUCGUAGUUUUAGUCGACUACGCGACAGGCCAAGUAAAGGAAAAAGAGACAUUCGAUGUUCUUAAUGAUGUAACUGCUGAAGAUCGUUUUACCAGUUUUCUAAAUAAUACACCAAAUGGCACAAUCGUCUUGGUAGCUGUUAAAACAAGUAGUAAAGUGACAUCCCCGGCACUGGUUGAAGCCUUGAAAAAUAUCGGAGCACAAGACCCAGCAAUAUCUUCCAAUAAUCGUUACAUACUUUAUGGAUAUAAAGGCCUCGAUAGACGGGACUGGAUUGAAGAAAUUAAAUGGCAGCAUAACUCGAUCAGCUUGUCAAAAAAGAUASCAAUAUUUGGAGCAUGGACAUCAGAAACUGAAACAGACAAUAUCGCAAUCAACGUAACUUCAKUCAGUGAUUUUCUACAAAUACAGCUUCCACAAGCAGUAUUAAUAUCUGGGAUCAUAACSCAAGGAGCUAGCUCUGAACCUGCUUGGGUCACGUCUUAUAGAAUAGAUUACUCGAUUGAUGGGCAGUUGUGGAUGUCAGUGAAAGAUGGCUCUGUCGUUACGGAAUUUACCGGCAAUACUGACCAACACACCAAAGUAACRCACACAUUUCGACGACCAUUUAACGCAAGACUCCUGAAAAUCAUCCCCUUAAAAUUUAUAAGCAGAAUUAUCAUGAGGAUCUCAGUGUUGCAGAUUAAUAACGCACAUCCAUGGUUAAAUCAUCAGCCUUGGCCAAACAAGCUUGUAAUCCCAGCUGGUCCAAAAGCAAUGGYCUUUGGCAAAGAAAACUUUAGUUCUUCGAUAAAAUCAUCAGGUAAUGACCGUGGGGCAAAGUACAGACCAUUAUUUGCCGCUCUUCACAACACCGAGACAUCAGUAUCAAAAGGGUGUUGGUGUCCUGGUGAUCUUAAUAAWGACUUUCGCGUGAGGAUAGAGUUUAAGGAGAAGGUUUUGGUGACCGGUAUAGCUAUACAAGGUAGCCCUUCAAGUGAUGAGUGGACCACAAAGUUUGAAUUGAAUUACAAAGAUGGAGGAYUUGUCUGGUAUAAAGAAAAAGGUUCUAAAAAGACUUUCAUUGGCAGUCAUGAUCGACACACUGUAGUCUUUCACUCUCUAAAAGAAUUGUUAUACACGAAAAUCUUAAGGAUAUAUCCCAAGUCAUGGCACCAAUAUCCCUGUUUUAGGUUCGAAGUAUAUGGAUAUMCCAUGGACACAACCUGCUUUGGUCCACUCGGAGUCGAUGAGCGGCUUCCAGACAAUCGUUUUUCUGCUUCAUCAUCUCAUAGUGCCCCCUAUUCGGCWGAGAAAGCCAGGAUUGGGCCUAACCAUAAUGCUGCUUGGUGCGUAGCACUGUAUACACAGCCAGAAUACUUACAGGUUGACUUAGGAGAACCUACCAUAUUCACUGGCAUUGCUACUCAGGGAUUGGUUGGGUUUUUCUGGACUAAACGAUUCUACCUUGCGUACAGUCAAGAAGGGUUGAGAUGGAUGAAUCACACAUGGGAUGACGAUCUGAGGAUAAUGGAUGGCAAUACAGACRGUACAUCUGUAGUUGUUAGCCCUAUCAAUCCAUCUAUUGAGUCAAGAUUCAUUCGAGUCUAUCCGUUAGAAGCCAGUUCUUCAAAUGGAAUAUGCUUAAAAAUAGAGCUUUUUGGAUGCUUUAAAGCAGAUAACCCGUCAUUUGCACUUGUGGGACCUUUAGAAAUCAACGCACCGAUUUCUUCAGUCGUUAACAUAACAGGUUCUUAUCGAUAUUGCGAACACGCCAUCUCAUGUCCCGGAUGUACAAGACAAAUCUACGUCGAAGUGUUUGACGAGGUCAAGUGUGUUGUUCCAGCGGUACUUUACGACUGCCAGUACCAUCAGUUUGAUGUAACGUACAGUGUUCCUCUUACACCUCAAGUUUAUAAUAUACGGAUGUUUGAUGUCAUUGGAGAAGCAUGUAUCAGUAGCAUGACAAGGAAUGUUUCUGGUAAAAUCGUUGGGAGAGUUUUGGCUAAACUGUUUAGUUCCACAACAUGCUUAGACGUUCUUCUGAAAGGUAACAAAAAGAAUGGAAUAUACAACAUUCAAGCUUUGCCAAACGCCCCGGCCAUGCCCCUAUACUGUGAUCAAAUGAGCCAUGGUGGUGGAUGGACUGUUAUACAACGGCGAAUCAAUGGCACAGUCGAUUUCUAUCGAACCUGGGAUGAGUACAAACAUGGUUUUGGAGACCUUGAAGGUGAAUUUUGGAUCGGGAACGACAACCUUCACCUUAUGACUUCCUCCCCAGUAGAACUACUGAUCGAAAUGGAAAAAUUCUCUGGACAUUAUUAUUUCGCUAARUACGAUACGUUUGCAAUCGCUAGCGAACAAGCAAACUAUAAGCUCAGUGUUGGUGGAUAUUCUGGUACGGCGGGGGAUUCGUUUUUGUUCCACAACGGAGCUGUGUUUUCAACGAAAGACAAAAACAAUGAUCCCGGUAACAUUAAUUGCACAACUAAGUUCCAGGGUGGUUGGUGGUACAAGCAAUGCAWAGAUGCUGAUUUGAAUAAUAUAUAUGAUGCACAGUCAAGUGGAACCAACUGGAAGGGUAUCAAAUGGGAAAAACUGCUUGGUACAUCGGGUAAUCUAAAGGCUGUCGAGAUAAAGAUCAGGUUAAAAGAAGAAUCUUYGAUAAGAUGCUCAGAAACCGAAUGCUUCUAUUUGCUGAAAAAUCAAAAACAAAACUUUUUAAAUUCACAUAAAGCAUGUAUGAAAAUAGGAGCUGAAUUAGCGUCAAUCACAAGCUCCGACCAAACAACAAAAAUUGCCGAUAUGUUGUCAAAAGCURGUGUUCAAAAUGCAUAUAUCGGUUUAAAUGAUAAAAGCAUAGAAGGGACUUCUGUUUGGGCAGACGGAACUAGCUCUCCCUACACUAACAUCUGGAAGAAUAAUAACGAUGCAUCCAAGGACUGUGUAGUCGUAUGUCAAACAGGCCAACGCUGGUGUUUUGUACGCUGUAAUUGGGAAUAUAACCCUCUUUGUAAACGAACAGGUUUAAUGUGUCACAAGGGAUAUUGUUACAAGGCUGGUAGUUCAUCUAUGACAAGUAGCAAUGCGAAAAAAGCGUGUGAGCAAUAUGGAAUGACUUUGAUGAAGUUAGCCACAGAAGAUCAAAUACGAUACGUUACGAAGAAAGUGAUGGCUGAGACUGCUACGAAUGUGUGGAUGAGUAAGAUAGCUUAUUCCUUCAUCCAUUCAUUUAAUCCACAUCAUAUUCCACCAUCAUCCAGUCCUACCCAACCCCUUGAGUGGUUGAUUGCCAGAGUAGCAAGUAGUUGUUUAGAACUACUGGAGCUAGGAGAGACAAAGAAUGGUGUUUACUAUAUACAUCCAGAUACGUCCCCUGCACCUGUCAAAGUAUACUGUGAUCAAGAACAAGAUGGCGGAGGAUGGGAAGUCUUCUUCAGGCGUCAAGACGGCUCAGUAAAAUUUCAUAAUAAGCUGUGGAAUGACUUUAAAUAUGGGUUCGGUGACUUAGAAAACGAAUUCUGGCUUGGUCUCAAACAUUUAACUAGACUACCAGGGACGAAGGAAUUAAUGCUGAAAAUCAAGAAUUCUAUUGGUCAAACUAGAUAUAUACGUUAUUUAUACUUCAAUAUUCUACCUGAAACUAAUAAGUUUGAGGCGAGAAUUGGAUGGCAUAGAGGAGGAAACAUUGGAGGAGAAAUAGGUAGAAUUGCCAAUAUGAGGUUUUCCACAAUUGACCAAGACAAUGAUCAUAAAGUAAACGUAAGCUGUGCAGAAACGCAUGGUCCUGGUUGGCUUUGGACAUAUAUGCAUCAUGAUAAAAGAGAUUGCUUCAAUCCUGGGUAUAAUUUGUUUGGUCCUUACAGUCCAAACGCUAUCGGCAAUGAGUCUCUUAACCUGUUCUACAAUAACGUUGGACAUCCUAUCACCUACAUUGAGAUGAAAACAAGAGAUAGAUUAGGAAACUCAAGAUCUGUAAUUGGAACAGCAACUCCAAUGGAUGGACUUACCUGGGAGGGUUUCAGUCUUCAAUACAUUCCACACCAGUUUACUUUUCAUCUCUCUACCACUGAUAAGGCUUGGUUUCUAGCUAUCAGUCCCAGUGCUUAUUGGUCAUACUAUACGUUUUCGUGGAGCGAACAGAAUGGUAUCAGAAGUUAUGAAAACUCCAUGCUUGUCAUGCAGGAUAAAGAGUUUCGAAGUGUUGGGUCAAGUUACAGAAAUCGUUUUUAUCUGGUUUUAUCUGAGAUUCAAACUACUAAUCAGAUGUUCAGGUUUAUGACAAGAAUGAAGGCCUGGAAUCGAGAUUUGACAGCCAAUCAGAUUAACGCGGACUUCAWCGAAGCAACUUUUACAUUGGAAGGAGAUGUAACGCACUGGGACAAGGCUGAUGAUAACCCAUAUAAUUGGACGACCAAUUCAAACUGUACAAAGAGUUCAGACACUGGACCUUGUCUGGAUCAUACGUAUGGUUUUCCUCAAGGUUCCUAUUAUUACUUGGAAGCAUCGUACCCCACGCAGCAACAUGACAGCGCGUCCCUCAUAAGUCCAGUGUUCUUUCCAAAAUAUCACAAGUGCUUUUCAUUCUGGUACUACAUGGAUGGUGAAGAAAUGGGGGACCUGGUAGUCARAAUCAAGACCUACAGUAGAACAGCUUAUACUCUAACCGUUGCAGAAACAGAAACUACGAUACUGAAAAGAAGUGGAAAUAAGGGCAAACGAUGGAAACUUGCUGUGUUAAAACUYAAUUCCAAUAACCUCUUUUCGCUCAAUAUUACAGGAAUCGUUGGACAGGGCUACAAGAGUGACAUAGCAAUAGACGACUUAUCAGUGUCCAUGUCUGAWUGUCCAGCAGGUCUCACUGAUAUACAUUGUUAUCCUCCUUGUAAUGAAGGAUUCGCCUGCCUCGAUGACAAAGGAGAAUGUGAUUGUAAAGGACUAAAAUACGUCAAUAGUACUUGUUAUGAUGUACUAAAGAGUACGAUAUUUCACAAGGCUUCUCAUUAUUGGCCAUUGGAUGCCAUUUCAAAUGUCACCAACCUUCUGGGGUUCACCCACGGUAAAACGACAGGCGGUGUGACAUCCGUUGCUGGUCCCGUAAACCAGGCUCUUGUCACACAUGGAAGUACAGGACAAAUAGUWCUCGGGGACUUGAGCACCUCUUGUAUCUUAACCUCUCCCUCGUGUACAAACGGCUUUACUUUCUGGUUUUGGCUCAAGUUCCCUAAAAAUGAAGCUAGAGAAAGAAAAGUGUAUUUAUCUGUUGGGCAAGAUGAAGAACGAUCAAGAGGAUUACAGGUGCUCCAGGAUUUCAGUGUGAUCGACAACCCAGCGCAUCUCAUCAUCAACACUACAAUAGAAGGAACGACUUGUGUAGCUGCCUUUGAAGCCCAUGCCGCUAUAUGGUCUGUCAUAGCAGUCACGUGGGGCACAACCAAUGGACUAACUAUUUAUCAUAACGGCAAGAAUGUCACCAAAUAUCAGUUACACACGUGUUCUUCUGUAGCUUCUGUGUUUCCUAGCAACAGCCUAUUACGCACAGGAUUUGGAGGGAUUUCCCCUGAACUCACUAUAGAUGAUACUGUUAUCUGGCAUCGAGAGUUAGAUGCCACAGAAAUUAUCAAAAUAUUUCGGUUCUUUACAGCUCCGCAAAAGACUCUUCUUUUAUCGGUCAAGUUUCCUGACGAGGUUUUUCAAGACCGACUUCGAGAUCGAGAAAGUCAAGAAUUUAAAGACUUCCACAAUAAAAUCUUAGGGAAUAUUCAGGCCAUUUUUAACGGAAAGUCUAUAAACUUCGAUGAUAUCUUCAUUAAUCAUUUGAGCAACGGGAGUGUCAACGCUCGUCUGUCCUUGUUUUUUCAUGACAUAACAAGCAAGGAACUUGACAUACUGAAUAACGCAGUUUGCCACAAACAAGCACUGAAUAACAUGGCAAUCAAACCUCUUGGUAACAUUGGGAUUGUGUUUAUGAAUCACACAGAUAUUCGCCAAAAGACAAUCUGCCAAAGCACGCCACUGAUAGACACAGACUACGGCUACAUAGUUCAAAGUCCAUCUUGUAAUAUGACACGUAACCUCGUCACAGUACUGUGACAUGAAUGACUGCGAUGGUGUUAAAAAGAACUCAUUAUUGACAUUCAUAUAUACAGACUACCGCAAGAGAUAUGUAAUGAGAUGUAAUAGCACAAGUAGCCCUGACACAGUAAUUUCGUUUGAUGAAUGGAAUGGUGUUAACAAAACUCAUAAUUAACAUUGAUAGGCACAGACUAUAUGUCUACAGAGUUCAAAGUCCAUCUUAUAAUAUCACAAGCAACCCCGUCGCAGUACUGUGAAUUGACUGACUUGGAUGGUGUUAACACAAACUCAAUAUCAACAUUGAUAUGCACAGACUAUAUGUCUACAGAGUUCAAAGUCCAUCUUAUAAUAUCACUUGUAAAAAUCAUGAAUAAUUAAUGAGGGCCUAAGCCAAUCCAGAUUUAGAAAGCAGGUCACAUUGAAUAUCAUGUCGUGAACCCGAUACAAACAAAUUAGAAAAUGCAAAUUAGACACAUCCAACUGUAACAUCUUCUUAUUUAUUUAUUUUAUUAUUUUAUAUUUCUAUUUCAUAUUCAGUUUUUUCUCUGCGUGUGUAUUUAUUAGCUCAAUUAUGUUAUUUUCUUAAAAAUUAUUAUGGUUAUCGCCUUGUGAAUUAUUUGCCGACACUACGCACGGUUUCGUAAUUUUCUAUAGUAUCUUAGGUUUUCUUUACUAGUUACUAGCCUUAUGGUUAUUAGACAGCCUGUAACGAUAAACAUUGCACUUUUAUUUAUUGUUUUAAACCUUGUAUAUAUACAAGGUGCGAAUAAAUUCUUCAUUAUUAUUAUCA